GCGAUUAGAAUGCUAUCCCUAGCAAAACUGUCGUAACUAUAUCGUCCUUCGCGUUCUUGUCCGAACCAAGUUGAAGAUUUCCCGAAACGAUCGAGGAAGACAGUGGAAUGGCUAAUAAGAUUGUAUUAUAUGAGUUAUAUACUAAAAAUAUACGAGCAAAACAUCUUCAGACAAUUUUUUAAUAGGAACUGAGCUGUCGACGUCUUCUUUCUUCACAAUCAGCAGCACAUCCAGAUAAAAUAAGAAAUGUGUGGUAUAAUUGGUCUGGUUUUGCAGGAUACCAAUGUAGCCGUAUCCCCAGAGCUCGCUGAGGGUCUCUCUCUUUUGCAGCAUAGAGGACAGGAUGCUUGCGGUAUCAUCACAUGUGGUCCACGUGGUAGAUUACACCAAGUUAAGUCUAACGGUAUGGUCCGUGAUGUUUUCGACAACCAAGCCAUUUCAACUCUCCGUGGAUGCAUGGGUAUUGGUCAUGUAAGAUACCCAACUGCUGGUUCUUCAGCUCAGUCUGAAGCUCAACCUUUUUAUGUCAACAGCCCUUACGGUAUCACUUUUGCUCACAACGGAAAUCUGAUUAAUACAAAUGAACUUAGACAUUUCCUCGAUCAAGAUGCUCACAGACACAUCAACACUGACUCUGACACUGAGGUCUUACUCAACAUUUUCGCAGACAACCUUCAACAAACUGGUAAAUUCCGUAUCAAUGAGGAGGAUAUCUUCGCAGCAGUCAAGGAUUUGACACGCCAAUGUAAAGGUGCUUAUGCUUGUGUCGCUAUGAUUGCUGGUUUCGGUAUCGUCGCAUUCAGAGAUCCUAACGGUAUUAGACCACUCGGAUAUGGUGUCAGAGCAGCUGGUGAACCAGUAAACGGUAUUAUUUCACCACAAGGUGACAAGCAAAAGACUGGUUUGGACUACGUCUUCUCAUCCGAGUCUGUCGUCUCAGAUGCACUUGGAUUCUCUGAUUGGGUCGACGUCAAGCCAGGUGAAUGUAUGAUUGUCACAAGACACUCAGUCGCAAGAAGACAAGUAGCUGAACCAGCUGUCUUCGCACCAGAUAUCUUCGAAUAUGUUUACUUUGCCAGACCAGACUCUGUCAUCGAUGGUAUCAGCGUUUAUCGCAGCAGAAUGUCGAUGGGAGACACUCUCGCUGAUGAAGUUAGAAAGCAAUUACAUGGUAGCAACACGGUCGAUGUUGUUAUUCCAGUCCCAGAUACUUCAAGAGUAGCAGCUUUGCAACUCGCACAAAACCUUCACAUUCCAUAUAGAGAAGGUUUCGUUAAGAAUCGUUACGUCGGUCGUACAUUCAUCAUGCCUGGUCAGCAACAACGUAGAAAGAAUGUACGUCGUAAGUUAAAUGCGAUGGCAUUAGAAUUCUCAGGCAAGAAUGUUUUGCUUGUUGAUGAUUCUAUCGUCAGAGGUACUACAUCAAAGGAAAUUAUCCAAAUGGCUCGUGAUGCAGGUGCGAAGAACGUAUUCAUGGCUUCAUGUGCACCAGCUAUUAGAUAUUCUAACGUUUAUGGUAUUGAUAUGCCAAACCGUAAAGAGUUGGUUGCACACGGACGUACAGAACAACAGGUCGCUGACUACAUUGGUGCCGAUAAGGUUGUAUUCCAAACACUCGAGGGCUUGAUUCAAUCAUGCAGCAGUCUCAAUGAAGAUAUAAAGAACUUCGACUGCUCAGUUUUCACUGGACAGUACAUCACCGGUGGCGUAGAUGUUGCAUACUUGGAACACCUUGAGAACCUCCGUGCAGACAAUGUAAAGCACAAAGUUGAAUCUGUCGAGACAUCAUUCACAUCACUCGGUUGCUCCGGACCAAUGAAUGGUGCAGACGAUAACAUUGGAUUGGCUAAUCAACGUCGUUAAAAUUUUACUUUCUUUCGGGAUUUGAUUUAGAAAAAAUAGAAUAAAUCAAUUGAUUGUAAACUUAGUAUAAAAUGUAUAAAAUUCGUUAAAUAAAUUUAUAUUCUG